AUGGAUGCACCACAGCCUCUCAUUGCAAUCGCUUCCUCAAUCCCUGACAAGCGAUAUGCAUUUAAAUCAUCUUUCUUUCCUGGCGGCCGUUGCUGGUUGUAUACUUCCUGCUACGGCCUAUGUGCCUCACCAGCCAAGGAGUCAGGAAGGAACCUGCAAGAAGACUAUCGUCGCCAUUCUCAAGCACUUUCCAAUGCCUCGGUUCAUGAUUUCGCUAUUCUGGAGUAUCGGGAUACUAUCGGAGGCCGAGCUUGGCAUAAGCCCUUUGGAAAGAACCCACACACCUGGAAGCCAUAUACCAUCGAGAUGGGCGCAAAUUGGGUGCAAGGUCUUGGGAGCCCAGGUGGUCCCCAAAAUCCCAUCUGGACCUUGGCUCAGAAGUACGAUCUGAAAACUCACUACUCUGACUAUGAUAAUGUCUCGACUUACAACGAGAAUGGGUACUCGGAUUAUAGUCACCUUCUAACCGAGUAUGACGAAGCAUACAGUAUUGCUAGUAUGAAGGCUGGAGAGAUUCUCACGAAUAAUCUUCAAGAUCAAACGGCUCAGUCUGGUCUGGCUUUGGCUGGUUGGAGUCCCGUUAAGCAUGAUAUGGAGGCGCAGGCAGUUGACUGGUGGAAAUGGGAUUUCGAGGACAAUUUUACGCCGCUAGAAAGCUCCCUUGUCUUUGGUUGUGCAGGUGAUAACUUGACUGAAAACUACUUCAGUGAUCAUGACAACUUUGUCAUCGACCAGCGUGGAUUCAAUACUAUUAUCAAAGGAGAAGCCGCUACAUUCCUCAAACCAAACGAUCCACGACUACAUCUCAACACACAGAUCUCCGAAAUCGUAUACUCCGAAGAUGGUGUCACUGUACACAACAAAGACGGCACCUGUGUCACUGCAGCAUACGCAAUUUGCACCUUCUCUCUGGGAGUUCUCCAGAGCGACGAAGUAAAAUUCAGUCCUGCACUCCCAGAAUGGAAACAAACUGCCAUUCAAAAAUUCACAAUGGGCACAUAUACUAAGAUUUUUAUGCAAUACAACGAGACUUUCUGGCCGAAGAAUACUCAGUAUUUCCUCUAUGCCGACCCAAGUCUCCGGGGCUGGUACCCAAUCUUCCAGUCGCUUUCAAUGCCGGAAUUCCUACCAGAUUCCAACAUCCUCUUUGUCACGGUAACAAAUGAGUUCUCAUGGCGCGCAGAACGCCAAUCAGACGAACAAACCAAAAACGAGAUUCUAGAUGUCCUCCGCAAGAUGUUUCCCGAAAAGACUAUCCCCGAACCAACCUCAUUCUUGUACCCAAGAUGGAGUACCGAGCCCUGGGCUCACGGGAGUUACUCAAACUGGCCACCGGGGACAACCCUAGAGAUGCACGAGAACCUGCGCGCUAAUACGGACCGCCUUUGGUUCGCUGGCGAGGCGACGAGUCCUACGUACUUUGGCUUCUUGCAAGGUGCCUGGUUUGAGGGCCAGGAUGCAGGUCUUCAGGUUGCAGCUGCUUUGCAGGAUCGAUGUAUCAAUGCUAAUUCGACCUGGUUGAAAGAGUGUGGCUCUCGGAAACACUAUGAGGUUUUACAUGGGACCUCGCCUUUGGCUGAUUACUCGGCUACCAAUGGAUGGACGACGAAUAGUUUUAUUGACAAUAAUAUCGACUAG